AUGUCAGUCAGUGCUGUAUCAGAGAUAUCGAAAGAUACCAAUUCAUGGAAUGUAAAACGCAAGAAUGCCAAAAGAGUGUAUGCUGAAGUAGAAGACUAUUAUGGCAAGAAACUAAAAAAGUCUGAGGAUGUUAAAAUCGUCAACUGCAGUGUAAAAGCUGGGACAGCUUGCACAAAGUUAAUCAAAGAAGCAUUGUCUUCAGUUCAUCCAGAAGUCAGCUCAAGGUAUUAUGGAUGUGGUUUGACCAUUCCAACUAAACUGUCUGGAAAGAAAGUGCUUGAUUUAGGCAGCGGCAGUGGACGUGAUUGUUAUGCCAUCUCUAAGCUUGUUGGGGAGACAGGUCAAGUUAUUGGCGUGGAUAUGACUGAAAGUCAGCUUUCUCUUGCUCGCAGUUAUAUUGACUAUCACAUGAAGGAAUAUGGUUAUAAAACUCCAAACAUAUCAUUUGUGAAGGGGUAUUUGGAAAAUCUUACUGAUGCUGGAUUGAAAGAAGACUUUUUUGAUGUUAUUGUUUCAAAUUGCACCGUAUGCCUCUCUCCUGAUAAAAGGAAACUUCUGACAGAAGCCUAUAAAGUUCUUAAGUUUGGUGGAGAAAUGUAUUUUAGUGAUUUGUAUGCUGACAAAGUGGUUCCUGAAACAUUACAUGACAAUGCUGAGAUGUGGGGAGAAGGUAUGACAAGUGCCCUAGUGUGGACAGAUUUCUACAAAAUUGCUAAAGAGGUUGGUUUCACCCAACCCUGUCUUGUUUCAAUUUCUCCUCUCCCAAUUUGUGACAAAAAAUACCGCGAAGCACUGGAAGAUAUUCACUAUGUUUCUGCUACAUACAGAAUGUUUAAACUUCCAACAGAUGAAGAGAAAUUGAAUUUCACCUAUAAAGGGACAGUUCCUGAGAAUGAAGAUCAAUUACUAUUUGAUCAUCGGACUGUAUUCAAGUGUCAUGAGAAGAAAUGCAAUGAUUUUAAAAUGGCAGCCAUUUUAAAAAACUCUCGUUAUAGUGAAGAUUUUGAUUUUGAAGACUGUUCUAAUUUGGAUGAACAUGAGGCAGUGUGUUACAAACCUGUGAAUCCAUUUGAGUAUUUGGCUCAACUUAAAUCUGAAAAUAGAAUGCCUUCACCACCACCAUGCAGUAAAAGGAAAUGA